AUGGUCCCAGACCUGGAGAUGGUCCCAGAUCUGGAGAUGGUCCCAGACCUGGAGAUGAUGGUCCCAGACCUGGAGAUGGUCCCAGACCUGGAGAUGGUCCCAGACCUGGAGAUGGUCCCAGACCUGGAGAUGGUCCCAGACCUGGAGAUGGUCCCAGACCUGGAGAUGGUCCCAGACCUGGAGAUGGUCCCAGAUCUGGAGAUGGUCCCAGACCUGGAGACGGAUCCAAACCUGGAGAUGGUCCCAGAUCUGGAGAUGGUCCCAGAUCUGGAGAUGGUCCCAGACCUGGAGAUGGUCCCAGACCUGGAGAUGGUCCCAGACCUGGAGACGGAUCCAGAGCUAGCAACUGAAACCGCUAGUGUCGACGACCGCGAUCCAUGGAGAGUCAAGGUGCGGAAGGAGAUGACGAGAGACGCACCAUUUGACGACGACCUUCUGCCGAUCAAGCCGCGAUGUGUGGAGGCCAAAGAGCGUGUCAACGCGCUGACCACCGCCAUCGAGGCUGUGCCGGACGAGCUGCGCUGCCUUGAUCCCGAGGAGCAGCGGGAGGUCAUGGUGGCGCUCUUUGGCGAUUCGGUGCCGCCGGUCCAUCCGCUGACACUCUUUGAGGCUGAGGCCGCGCUCGACGGCGACAGUUACUUUACUUCGGGCGUUGUUGAUGCCGGCGCGGCAAGCCACCGCUCGAGCGAGUAUGACCACGAUGAUGGAACAGGCGAUUGGAACGAGAGCGGGAGUGUAUCGGCCUCGAGUACCCGCGACCGCAACACCGACUUUGCCGCUGACCGUAUGGCCAUGUUUCUCGCAGCUGCCGUCGAGGCACCGACCGAGGGUGAGGCUCGCACCGCCGCUGAGGCGGGCACGCCUCCACCGCACGCGGCUGGCCUGCCUGCCCCGUCACCAGGCCUCACCGUCUUUCCGUCCAAGUCGCCGGCGCCGUCGUUCUCGCCGGCGCCACCCAUGCACGCCGGCGAGCAGCUCGCACGUCGCCAGCCGGUCGAGCUCAGCGAAGUUGCCAAGCUCCAGCAGUCACACACAACCGCCGGCUCGUUUGCAAAGAUGAAGGAUCAGAAAAAGGUGCUGGCCGGUGCGCUCCAGGCGGCGGCAUCAGCGCUUUCUGGUCUGCGGCUGGCGCGAAGCGGCGGCGCAGCUGAUAGCGCGGCCGGUGGCAACUCGCUGGCGUCGCUGCUGGCCGGCCGUGGCCAGCCCGUCACCGACUCGGAAGCGACGGCAGGCUCCGCCGGGCUGGCGCAGGCCGGAGCCGGCGACGACUCGCGGCGUUCAAGCGCCUCUUACACCGCCGAGGAGCGGAUGCAGCUGAAGCAGAAGCUCGCUGAGGACGAGCUUGAGCGGUUCGAGCGGCUGACCUCGCAGGUGGUGGUCGACUUUACCGAGUUUCUCAAAAAGGUCGGCGAGGACGACCUCGACGCCGACGAGAUUGACGCUUUUCUGCCGUCGCUCUCGGCGCAGGGCCCGUCGUCCAAGUCGACAGUGGUGCGGCUGGAGGCCAAGGACGUGCCGCGGGCACUUGCCCAGCGGAUGCACGCCACCCGCAAGGCAACCAAUAUAGCACGCCGACGCAAGGCUGCCGAGCGGCAGUCAGCGCCCGCAACGGCGACUGUCAAGGAGGAGCGCCCGCUGCACCUCGUCCACAUCUCGCGGACUCCACCGCUGCCGACGUCAUCAUUUGGGCCAAAGCCUCGGCCGCACGUCCCGCGCAAGACCGAGUACGGCAAGUGGUACAUCCCGCCGUCCGAGUGGGCCGCGCCGCGCAAGCCGCCGCCAGGCUCGGGCCCCGAGAUCUCGGUUCCGGAUGGGGUCGACGCCGCCGCCGCAGGUGCCGCCGCCGCCGCUGCCGCCGCCAACUCGUCCAAGGUUGCUGAGCUCGCCGAGGACGUGGCGCAGAUGAAGUCUUCGCUGCUCUUCCUCGACUGGCUCACCGAGCGCGAGCAGAAGGACCCACGAGCCAACCCGCUGCCGCCGUCGAUUAAGCAGUACGCCGGGAUCACCCGCCAGGCCGAGCGCGAGCGCCGCGAGGCCGCCCGCAUCCGCGCUAUGAUCGAGCGUCAGCAGCAGCACCACCAAGAGCAGAUUAUGGCCCAACACCACUCGGCCCACCAUCACCACCUCCCGCAGCAUCACUCAUCACCGCCGGCCCAGGUCCAGCCGCCGCAACGGUUCCGCAGGCCGCGGCACUCGUAG